UCAGCGAAUUAUUUAAAUACAGUGUUUAUUUUGUUGGCAUGUUUUGGUUGAUUUUUUCUGUGGAUGGUUGCUGUUAGUGAUGACAUCAUCAGCAACAUCAUCGCUGUGUAUUAUUUUUUGGUCUCUCAAUUCUAUUCCAUUCUGUUUUGUUCUAAUGUUUAGAAAAGGCUAAAUUCAUACGAAAUCGAAACGUUUAAAAUAAAACGACCAGCAAAAGCACGCGUACCCAAGCACACACACGCACACAGUUGAAAGUCAAAUAACAACAAACAAUCGAAAGAUUACAAAAUCAAUAAGCAGCCGCCUUUUGGCUGCCAACAGCUGGAAUCUUCAAAUUGGAGUCGAAAGGUGUUUGUUGAACACGGCACAGCAACGACGGGGACGACGCCGCCGCCGCCACCAGCUUCAGGAUGGUGUUCGAGGCCAUAGUCGCAGAUGUGCUCAACAAGGUGCUGGGUGAUUACAUUGAAAAUUUGGAUCACAAACAAUUGAAAAUUGGCAUCUGGGGAGGCGAUGUGGUCUUGUCCAAUCUGCAAAUACGCAGCAAUGCGCUGGAUGAGAUGGACUUGCCCGUUCAGCUAGUCUAUGGCUACUUGGGCAAAUUGGUGUUGAAAAUACCCUGGAAGAAUCUGUAUAGCCAGCCGGUUAUAGCCAAUAUUGAUGAUCUCUAUGUGCUUGUCAGGCCCAACAACAAUGUCAGAUACAACCCCGAAAAGGAGGCCAAAAAUAAUUUGUCUUCCAAAAUGGUUGCACUGGAUGCCCAGGAGGCAGCACGCAAAAAGGAGCUAGAGCCGGCUGUGCCCAAGCCCGAUGCUGGGUUCGCGGAAAAGUUGACUGCACAAAUUGUUAACAAUUUGCAAAUCAAAAUUAGCAAUGUGCAUUUGCGGUAUGAGGACUCAACAACGAUGGGCUCGCCGUUCUCGUUUGGCAUAACGCUGCAUGAACUGGAACUGUACACCACGGAUAAGAACUGGGAAAAGACCUAUAUGACGGAACGUGCUCCGGAAGUCUUUAAAAUUGCGAAUCUCUCCUGCCUCGCUGCCUACAUGAACUGCAAGGCUAAACUCUAUGCGGCUGAAGAAAGGGAGGUGCUUGUCGAAAGGUUCCAGCAACAAAUAGCACGCAAAGGCUAUAAGCCCACCAACUACUGUUAUGUUCUGGGUCCCAUUUCCUGCAUUUCGAAGUUGAAGCUGAACAUGAAUCCGGAACUGGAUGAGCCAGCAUUUGAGAAGCCCAAAAUUGAUCUUAGUUUGGAGAUGGAAUCGCUUAACGUGGGCUUGACCAAUAAACAGUUCCACUAUCUUAUGCAGCUAGGCGACGCCAUGAAUCGCAUGCAGCUAGGCUUGCCGUAUCGGCAAUAUCGGCCCUACAAUAUACCUUACAAGGGUCACGCCAAGAACUGGUGGAAAUUUGCAAUUACCGCUGUGCUCGAGCAUGAUGUACGACGUGUGAAUCAGACCUGGAGCUGGGCUUACAUAAAAGAGCAUCGUGAACGUUGCAAUGUCUAUGCAGAUAAAUACAAAGAACGUGAAACAAGUAAAAAGCCAAGCAAAACGCUGGAGGAGUCCUGUAAGAUGCUCGAAGAAAAGUUGGAUCUCUUCAAUCUUUUACUCAUAAGACAACGCGUUAAUAUCGAUAUAGCCAAGUUACGCGAUUCAGAGCCACCGCAGAAAUCCGGCUGGUUUGGCGGUUGGUGGGGUGCUAAUGCGGCAAAGUCAGAUAACGACGAUGGCGCUGCCACUGGUCUUAAAUUGGCCCGUAAAUUUGAGGCGGCUAUGACGCCAGAGGAGAAGGCCAAAAUGUACAAAGCCAUUGGUUAUGAGGAGAAUUCGCAGCCGAAGGAUCUACCUAUAGGUUAUGUGGCUCUUAAAAUGAAUUUCAAACUAAUUGCACUCGAGAUUGGCCUAUACCAGGAAGUGCAGCUUAACGACGAUCAAGGCAGCGCACUUGAUUACUUUAAUUUGCCUUCGAUAAUAUUGUUGAAGUUUUCAAUGGCAACCGCAACGAUUUUGCAAAGACCGGCCGCUGAUGCCAUUUGCCUGACAGCCGGCAUGAAGAGCUUAAAGAUGACGGGAGUAACUCAAAAUCAGAACAGACCCGUACUGGUCGAGUCCAUAACAACGGAUGAAUUUAAUUUGCUGGACAUAUUCUUCGAAACGAAUCCGAUUGAUAUGCUCUGCAAUCAACGUGUCAAAGUCGUCGCUCGUCCACUGCAGAUCACCUUCGAUUCCCAGACUAUUAUGGCUCUUACCAGCGUUUUUAAGCCGCCGACUGAUGUGAACUUAUCGAAAUUCGAGCAAUCGGCUGCUUCGAAGCUGGUUGAUAUCAAGGAGCGCUCAGCAACGGGAAUGCAGUACGUUAUCGAUCAGAAAUCGGUACUAGAUGCUGAUAUAUUGCUUAUGCCCAACAUAUUGGUGGUGCCGCAUGGUGGUUACUAUGAAGCCGACGUGAAAUCUCUGAUUGUAAUAAGUCUGGGUCAGGUGCAUGUAACAACAAAGCCCCACAAACGCACCACAGACCAUAUUAAGGCCAUGCAUAGUGAGGGUGUCGAAAAGACGGAGAUAUUGAAGACUGUUAUGGAAAACUCCUACGACAGAUUCAUUGUAAAAAUAAAUGAUGUGCAAAUGCUAGUGGUGCGGCCACACGAGCCGUGGCAGAAUAUCCUAACGAUGGCCGAGUCAUCUGAAUUGCAUGUGCUGCUACCGACAUCGCUUCAGGUGGUAGCUGCGGUGUGCGUCUUUGACAACGAUCCGCGUUUGCCCAAGAUCAAAGUCGACAUUGAGAUGCCGGCGGUGCAGUUCACCAUUACCGAAGAUCGUAUGAUAGAGGCUGUUGAUUUGGCCACCAACAUACCGCUACCACAGAGUAAUAGUGGCGCAGAAAUUGCCCCCGCUUUGCGACGCUCAAGCAGCUCGAUUUCGAAUUUCAUAAAUCGUGAAAUUAAGAAACGGGCCGCCCCAUCUUCCAUUAUAAAGCCAACGGUUGAAGCGGAAAUAACACAGUAUACCAAUGUCGAGUUGAAUUUCUCACUUAAAAAAAUCUCUAUCAAGCUGGUCGAGGCGAAUAGACUCUGUGAAACAGAAAAAACAGAAGAAGCUGAAGGGUCGUUCGUAUCACCAGACCUGUCGACGACCACACAUAGUCAAUUGUCAAGUGGAUCCGCCAUUCAAUAUUUAAAUCAGACCCUAUUCUUUGAGAUUCUUCAAGUGGAGACAUAUAUGGCACAGCGUACCUAUGAAACAGUUGCAUCUAUUAAGUUAGGCAGUAUAAAUCUGAAACACUUUGAUUGCGUGGACGCUAAGAAUAAUGUGUUGGAUAUCAUAAAUACGCCCGGAUAUGUGAAAGAUGAGAAAUAUCUGUUCACAAUCAACUAUACGAUGGCCGAUAAAUUGUCGCCGGAGUUUAAUACAAAAUACAAUUCCAUCGAACAGCUGAUGGUGGCCAAUUUCGAGGUGCUCGACGUUGUGCUGCACCAGGAGUGCCUGCAGCGCCUAUUGAAAAUGGCAAACAAUUUCCAGAAGCGGUUAGAUUUGAUAUUAUUAAAUGUAAAGCCGCACGAUCGCUAUGCAUUUGCUGGUGAAGGCGAUGGACUAAAGCACAAGCUGCAAGUCAUUAUGGAAGAUGCCGAAACAAUCGCCAGCCAAAAGUUGCCUGCACGCCGGCUGCGAAAGAGCAAAACUGUCGUGGCUAGUGUGAAAAUGCGCAUGAUUGCGAAUAUUGAAGCGAUUAGCCUUCAGCUAACCUCACGCAAGCGACCGCUGUCCAUGAUGCAAGUGAAGAACUUCGUGACAAACGUAACGCUAAAGGACUCUUACACCGAGGUGAACAUCGGACUCAAAGAUAUUGUCGUGCGUGAUCUGAAUCCAAAUACAAUACACACGGAUAUAUUGAGCAUUGUGGGUCAGGAUGCCUUCCAUUGUCAGCUGGUAAUAUACAACAAGGAGUUCACUCAAGACUACAAUUCGGAUGAUAUGAAAGUAACUGUGGACGUUGGCUGCAUUAAGAUUAUAUUCCUCAACUGGUUUGUCACCGGCAUACUGAACUUUACAAGCCACUUCCAGACUGCCCAGGAAGCACUCACGAAUGCCAGCGCAGCUGCUGCCCAAUCAGCUAAACAAAAUGCAAUCGAUGCCUACGAAAAGGCAACGCGCUUGAAACUCAAUAUUAGAAUCAAGGCACCCGUUAUACUUGUGCCGGUGAAUUCACAGAGCAGAAAUGCAUUGGCCAUUGAUUUGGGUUUGCUGGAGUUGACAAAUAAUACUAGCGAGAAGAGAGUGCCUCUUUUUAAUCAAAACGCAGUCAUUGACGAGAUAAAACUGCAGAUUAAAGAUGUCAAAAUAUCGAAGGUGGUUAUUUUGGAAGAAAACCCUACAAUAGGCGAUGAUGUCGAUGCUGUUCUUGGGAUUCAAAACUCAGGAAAUAUGAUGGAUCCCAUGAGUUUUACGCUAUCGAUUACGCGCAAUCUAUCCUUCUCUUGGUACACGGAUAUGCCAGAGGUGAAUCUGUCGGGUCACUUAAAGUCCGUUGAGCUAACUCUCUUCAUGGACGACUAUGCGCUUAUCAUGUCUAUCAUGAAUCUCAAUUUGAACGAGGGCUAUGCUGAGUUUCCACCGCGGGAAAUUGUCGAACGGCCACAGUCACGUAGUGUUCAUCAAAUCGGUACACAACAAGAAGUAUAUACCAUGGCGGAAUCUGUAGUGGAACCACAAAAAGUAUGCGAAAGUCUUAAGAUGAACUUUCAGUUUGAUGGCGUCAUUAUAAAUUUGAUGGAGGAAGAAGGCGACGGCUUGGCAUGCUUCGGAAUUUACUAUUUGUCCCUGAAGGGUACCAAACUGAACAAUGGCACGCUCAGUAUAUCCGUUGUCCUUUGCAACAUACAAUUGGAUGAUACGCGUUCAACCAACAGAAGUAAAAUUCGACAAUAUCUUAGCUGUAAGAACUGGGAUGCGGAGAAAACCAGAAAAGAUAAAAUUCUUGAGUCCUGUCAAAAUGAGCUAUCGAACUACAUGGUUGAUAUAACGGCGAUUAUAAAAGAGGAUGACAUCUUCGCUGAAGUGCGAGUGCGCAGCUUUGAUUUGAUCGUUUGCAUUGAUUUUCUGUUGAAGUUGACACUGUUUCUGAGUUUGCCCACCGAUUCAGGAUCGCUUGGGAAGAGCGCGUUUACGGAAACAGCAACAGUGGCACGAGGCGGUGCAAAAAAGACAGUCGAUACGCUAUCAGUUACAGACACCGCUUCAACGAAAAAGGUGAAUCUGAUAUUGCACAUUGAUCAGCCGGAUAUUAUAUUGGUUGAAAGCCUGGAUGAUCUGAAUACUAUGGCAAUUGUGUUUAAUGCACACGCCCAUCUCAAUUAUCGGUCUAUUGGCGACAAGCAGAUUAUCAAUGGGGAAAUCAAUGGACUUAAGAUAUAUAUGUGCUCAUUUUUGCCAGAACGACGCGAGUCGACGCGUCAUUAUAUUCUGCAUCCGGCUGUUAUCAGUUUGCAGGGUUCCACGCCCGAAUCAGAGGGAAUGCACAUUAGCCUUAAGCUCAGUGAUAUUAUCAUUAAUAUAUCGCCGACAACAAUUGAGCUGCUGAACAAAGCGAUGCUCAGCAUUAGUAGCGGUGCGGCUGAGAAGGCUGCCAUUGAUAGAGAAGAGCCGGAUUAUUCACGAAUUUGGCAUCCGACCGUGUUCCAUUCUAAGACCUAUUGGUUUACAAAAGUGGAAGAGGCCACUGAAGCGAGUGAAAUACGAAUAUCGAACCAAAGUAACGGGCCGCAGAAAACAGAGAAAUGCGUGGUUGAGAUGCCCAGCAUAACCAUUGUGAUUGAAUCGGGCCAAGGAUACUAUACAAAGCCUCUCAUUUCACUGGACACACGUAUGACGGCUGUAUUUAAUAACUGGAGCCGCAACUUUACUGCGCAUGGCUCCCUAACGCUGAAUAUGAACUAUUACAAUCAAUUCAUGGCUGAAUGGGAACCAAUCAUUGAGCUGAACGAGGUGGUGGGACGUAAUGGCAGCAAAGAGUAUAUACCCUGGGAGUUGCAGUUCGAUAUGAGCUUUGAGAAGACGGAAAAUGAAUUUGAUGAAUCGCACGAGGAAACAGCUAUGAACAUUCGCAUACAUUCCCAAGAGAAUCUGGAAAUAACGUUGAGCAAAACGUGCAUCAACCUGCUCAAAGAAUUGGGCGAAGCCUUUUCGCAAGCCAUCGACAAGAAGGGCAUCCACAAGCCAGAGGUCAUUGCUCCUUAUGUGGUAGUCAAUGAUACGGGCUUUGACAUCACAUUGGAUCUGAGAAGAGGCAUCUUUACGCUGCACGAAGUGCAUCGCGGAGGCAAACACGAUAAUAGCCAUUUAGUUCUACACUCGGCAAGCAACGCAGAUGAUAAACUGAUUGAUCCAGCGAAUAUACAAAACUGCACUAUUUCAGCUGGCGGAAAAGCCUAUUUACAAACCAAGGACUUAUCAACGUUGAGCGAAAGCCAAUUUGACGAUUAUAGUCUCUAUGUGACGAUCGGUAAUAUAACGGAAACAGUUGUGCUGCCGGUUAGCAAAGCCGACACGCGUUACUUUCCGCUGACUUCUAAAACUCAGUAUGAACAGUGGUCCAUUGUAUCCCAAGUUAAGCUGGAGUAUGGCACCACCAUCAUCAAUAUACAUGGCGUUUUAAGCAUCCUCAACCAUUUUAUACGACCAAUUACGGUGCAUCGUCGCCAUGAGAAAGAAGAUCGAUUCAUUCUUGUUGGUAAGGCGCAACCUAAUGAGCUUUUCAAUGUGCCGCUCCACGCCAUCUAUACCGCUGAUAAGGAGCUGUACUUUUCGAUUAAGGGCUAUUACACGUCAUCUCAGGGAUUCAGCUGGAGUGUCAAUCAAUCAGAUAUGAACUAUGAGGGUCAAAUUCAAUGCGAACCCAUCGACGCAUUCGAGCCGCUCAACAUAAAUGUGCAGCGCCGCAAGCAUGAGAUUUUCUUUGAAACCACCAACAAGUAUCGACUUAGAAGCGCACAUUAUACGAUUCAUCUAUAUCCUCCACUAUCCCUGCGCAAUUGCUUGCCCAUUGACAUAAAAGUCUCUGUGGCUGGCUGCUUGGGUCGCCAGGCUAACGCCGAUGCCAACGCAGGUCGCACAGUGGAAGAAGUUGGUGGAUUAGAAGAGCGCUAUGUAAAGGAGGACUUCCUUGAUUUUGGCGAAAAGGAAGUGAGUCCCGGACACGUCCUGCAUUUGCCCACAGUCCGUAUGUCCGCCAAUGGCAAAGAUUCAAAAAGUGUGCUAGUAGUACGGCUAUUGCAAUAUCUGGAGAAGGAUUGGUCACAUGCCUCUGAAAUUCCCAAUCCCAAUAAUGACGUAACCAUUUGGACAUUUUGCUCUUAUGAUUCAGAUAUUAAAAUGGAAAUGGAUCUCUUUGUGCGUUGUACUAAUCCUGCUGGCAAAAUUAUGCUAACCUUGUACAGUCCAUACUGGAUGAUCAAUAAGACGGGCAAGAUGCUCACCUACAAAUCGGAUUUGUCUUCAGUGGAACUUCUGUAUCAUCCACCCGAGUAUUCAGGCCCCAUACUGUUAGCCUUCCGUGAUAAGAUGUUCUAUGACAAGAAGAAGGCAGCCAUCCGCAUCGAAAGUGGGGAGUGGAGUCAGAAGAUCCCAUUGGAUGUGGCUGGUUCGAUUGGCGGCGUUACCUGCACUGCAAACAAUCAAACCUACCAAAUUGGCGUGCACAAUCAUUUGACGAAUAAUUCGCUGACCAAACAGAUAACCUUCAUACCGUUCUAUAUAGCGCACAAUAAAUGCAGAUAUACGAUCGAAUUGCAAGAGCUUAAUCGUCCCGGCGAUCCUUGGCUAGCAUUAAAAGAACACGAGUAUAAGCCGCUGUGGCCUAAAAGCGAUUCAGUGCACAAACUUAUUGUGCGCGUGGGCAAGCAGACAACGCCAGCCUUUGACUACACCGAGGUGACCUGUACGCUGCUCAAGCUGAACAACAGUCCCUAUGGCGGCGUCAAUGUGGAUGUUCAGUCCACAGAAGGUGGCGUCUAUUUGACAUUCACCGAAUACCAGCCAGCAGAGGCGCCCGGCUUGAUCAUCAAUCAUACCAGCAGGGAUAUUAUCUACUACGAGAAGAACACCGAAAUAAUGAACACCCUGAAAUCAAAACAUAGUGUUCUAUUCGCUUGGGGUGACCCGACAGGUGCCAAGAUCUUGGUGUUUGGCAAGGAUAAGCAGGAGACCGAUUUGAAACGCGAUCACAUUGAUAAUGUUAUACUGCAGGAUGACAGCAUAGCAUACUGGGUAUCCUUCCUCUAUGGCAUGCAGCGUGUCCUAUUGAUCACCGAAGUUGAAUCGAUUGCCAAGCGAACGGAGAGCUCUGCUGCACUGCAGACUAUAACGCGUAGCAUUGAUUUGCAUAUACAUGGCAUCGGCCUAUCGGUGGUUAAUAAUGAGGCUGCCCUGGAUAUACUCUAUUUGGGCAUUACUAGUUCGGGCGUAGUCUGGGAGUCAAGAAAGCCAAAUAAGAAACGUUUCAAGGAGAUGACCAUGCACGAUUCCGAUCUGAUCGAAGCCGAGUAUCAACGCUAUCUGGUGCACAAGUCUGUUAAGGAAGUCCAUCACUAUCUACUGGGUAACAAAUUUCCGCUGAACUUUAACACAAUGACGAUCACCAAACACAUCGAGCGUCGUUUGCGUCGCAACUUUUAUCCAGCCAUUUGGGUGUCGAGCAAAUCAUCGCCUUUCCAGAAUCAAUUGCAUGUGAAAAUUAAUCGCAUACAAGUGGACAAUCAGUUCAUUGAUCCCAUAUUCAGUGUGGUAUUGGCACCGAUAGCACCACCUAAGAGUGUGGCCACAACUACGUCGAUGAAGCCCUUUAUCGAAUGCAGCGUGGUGCAGCGUGUGAUACCCAAUUCAGAUGUGAAGCAAUACAAGUAUGCAUCCAUACUGAUACAGGAGUUUCACUUUAAAGUGGAUAUAGUGUUUCUAACGGCCAUUGCGGAGAUGUUCUCGAACGAAGUGUCCGAUGAACAGGCGGCCAAACUGUUCCGCAACGACGUAGAUUCCAUUGAGCUGCCGUUAUCUACCUUCUUUGAAAAGCAUUCGCAGCAGGAGCAAAAGAAUUUCUAUGAUAAUUUGCAUUUGAGUCCAUUGAAGAUACAUGUUAGCUUCUCCAUGGCUGGCUCCGAUACAACUUCGCUGCCCGGCUUCCUCGGCACACUGGUCCAAGGUGUGGGCGUAACACUAACGGACGUCAACGAUGUCGUCUUCCGUUUGGCCUUCUUCCAGCGUGAAUAUCAGUUCUUUACCCAACAUCAGCUGGUCAGCGAGGUGACCUCCCAUUAUACGGGUCAGGCACUCAAACAGCUCUAUGUUUUGGCCCUGGGUCUGGAUGUUCUGGGGAAUCCAUACGGCUUGGUGGUGGGUCUUAAGAAGGGAGUCGAAGAUUUGUUCUAUGAGCCGUUCCAGGGCGCCAUUCAAGGACCUGGCGAAUUUGCAGAGGGUCUGAUGCUGGGCGUCAAGUCACUCUUUGGUCACACCGUGGGCGGCGCUGCGGGCGCCAUGUCUAAAAUCACCGGCGCCAUGGGCAAAGGUCUAGCUGCUUUGACCUUUGAUGAACAGUAUCAACGCAAACGUCGAAGGGGCAUGCACAAUAAACCAAAGAAUUUCCAUGAGGGACUCGCGCGCAGCGGCAAGGGUCUGGUCAUGGGCUUUGUUGAUGGCGUGACGGGCGUGGUAACUAAGCCAGUUACUGGCGCUCGCGACGAAGGCGUAGAGGGCUUCUUCAAGGGUCUGGGCAAAGGCGCAAUCGGCCUGGUGGCGCGUCCAACUGCUGGGGUUGUGGACUUUGCCAGCGGCAGCUUUGAGGCAGUCAAACGCGCCACCGUGGGCAUCGAUGAUUCCAAACGUUUGCGUCCGACACGCUUCCUACAUUACGACUAUGUGCUGCGUCCCUACUGCUUUAACGAAGCGCAAGGCUUCAAGAUGCUUAUGGAGGUAGACAAAGGCAAAUAUGCGGAAACGGACCAUUUUAUACACUGCGAGGAGAUUGUGAGCAAAACCGAAUUUCUUAUAAUUACCAAUCAUCGUUUGCUCUACGUGCAACGCAAUGAAAUGUUCGGAGUCUGGAAUUCCUUGUGGUCGUAUCAGUGGACUGAAGUGGACAGUUUUAUGAACAACGGGCGUGGUCUACAGUUCAAGGUGAUCGGCCGCGAAACCAAGCGUAUAAUGGGCCUGUUCUCACCGAAAGAAGCGUCCACCAAAGUCGUAUUGGUGCCCGAUGAACGGAAACGCGAAACUCUGUUGGCUAUAGUGGAAUCUCAAAUGCGGGGAAACAAUCUGUUGCGUUUGCCCACCUCACGCUAUUCGGCGCGUGUUGCUUCGUAAAGCGAGGCUUAUU